AUGCCCGCUGUGUCCAAAGGAGAUGGAAUGCGCGGAUUAGCCGUCUUUAUCUCAGACAUCAGAAACUGUAAGAGCAAAGAAGCUGAGAUCAAAAGGAUAAACAAAGAGCUGGCAAACAUCCGCUCCAAGUUUAAAGGCGACAAAGCUCUGGACGGAUACAGUAAGAAGAAGUAUGUGUGCAAGCUGCUCUUCAUCUUCCUCCUGGGCCAUGACAUCGACUUUGGGCACAUGGAGGCGGUCAACCUGCUCAGCUCCAACAAGUACACAGAGAAGCAGAUCGGCUAUUUGUUCAUCUCGGUGCUGGUCAACAGUAACAGCGAGCUCAUCCGCCUCAUCAACAACGCCAUCAAGAACGACCUGUCGAGCCGGAACCCCACCUUCAUGUGCCUGGCUCUGCACUGCAUUGCCAACGUGGGCAGUCGCGAGAUGGCCGAGGCCUUCGCCAGCGAGAUCCCGCGCAUCCUGGUUGCCGGAGAUACCAUGGACAGUGUGAAGCAGUCUGCCGCCCUCUGUCUGCUGCGCCUCUACAAGACGUCCCCAGACCUGGUGCUGAUGGGGGAGUGGACCUCACGAGUGGUGCACCUGCUCAACGACCAGCACAUGGGUGUGGUGACGGCAGCCAUCUCUCUGAUCACCUGUCUGAGCCAGAAGAACCCAGACGAGUUCAAGACCUGCGUGUCCCUGGCCGUGUCCAGACUCAGCCGGAUCGUGUCGUCUGCUUCCACAGACCUCCAGGACUACACAUACUACUUUGUGCCAGCUCCGUGGCUCUCCUGCAAACUGCUACGCCUGCUGCAGUGCUACCCUCCGCCUGAAGACGGAGCCGUGAAGGGCCGCCUGGUGGAGUGUCUGGAGACCAUACUCAACAAGGCCCAGGAGCCGCCCAAGUCCAAGAAAGUGCAGCACUCUAAUGCCAAGAACGCCAUUCUGUUCGAGGCAAUAUCUCUCAUUAUCCACUACGACAGCGAGCCCAACCUCCUGGUGCGGGCCUGUAACCAGCUGGGCCAGUUCCUCCAGCACCGAGAGACCAACCUGCGCUACCUGGCCCUGGAGAGCAUGUGCACCCUGGCCAGCUCUGAGUUCUCCCAUGAGGCUGUCAAGACCCACAUCGAGACAGUCAUCAACGCACUCAAGACGGAACGAGACGUGAGCGUACGGCAGCGGGCGGCAGACCUGCUCUACGCCAUGUGUGACCGCAGCAACGCCAAGCAGAUUGUGGCCGAGAUGCUGAGCUACCUGGAGACUGCAGACUACUCUAUCAGGGAGGAGAUGGUGCUGAAAGUGGCCAUCUUGGCAGAGAAGUAUGCUGUGGACUACUCGUGGUACGUGGACACCAUCCUGAACCUGAUCCGCAUUGCCGGGGACUACGUGAGCGAGGAGGUGUGGUACCGCGUCAUCCAGAUUGUCAUCAACCGGGACGACGUGCAGGGCUACGCCGCCAAGACCGUCUUUGAGGCCCUGCAGGCUCCGGCGUGUCAUGAGAACAUGGUCAAAGUCGGGGGAUAUAUUUUGGGGGAGUUUGGAAACCUCAUCGCUGGAGACCCACGCUCCAGCCCUCUGGUCCAGUUCAACCUGCUCCACUCCAAGUUCCACCUGUGCUCGGUACCGACCCGCGCCCUGCUGCUGUCCGCCUACAUCAAGUUCAUCAACCUGUUCCCAGAGACCAAGGCCACGAUCCAGGAAGUGCUGCGCUGCGACAGCCAGAUCCGCAACUCUGACGUGGAGCUGCAGCAGCGCGCCGUGGAGUACCUCAAGCUGUCCUCCAUCGCCAGCACCGACGUCUUGGCCACAGUGCUGGAGGAGAUGCCCCCCUUCCCUGAGAGAGAGUCCUCCAUUCUAGCCAAGCUUAAGAAGAAGAAGGGCCCCGGAGCCGUGUCCGUGACAGAGCUGGACGACAGUAAGCGAGAGGGAGGAGAGCUGAACGGAGGAGGAGAGAGGUCCUCGGACUCUGCUGCUAUGGCUGCCUCCAAUGCAUCCACCCCGUCACCCUCAGCCGACCUGCUGGGUAUCCGCUCUUCCGCGCCCAUGGGUGCCGCCCCGUCCGCUCCUGGCAGCUUGUUGGUGGAUGUGUUUUCUGAGGCGGGCCCUGCUGCGCCUGCUGCUGCUGUAAAUAAUGACGGCUUCAUGAGGGAGCUGGAACAGCCCACUGACACCUCUGACUCCCUAUUGGUGGAGGGCUCUGGUGAUGCAGACUCUGCUCCUCCCUCUGAGGAUCCCGCUGACCCUCUGCCUGAGGCUGACGAGCUCCUCAACAAAUUUGUGUGCAAAAACAAUGGGGUUUUGUUUGAGAAUCAGCUGUUGCAGAUCGGAAUCAAGUCAGAGUAUCGUCAGAACCUGGGCAAGAUGUACUUAUUCUACGGGAACAAGACGUCAGUGCAGUUUGCCAGUUUCAGCACCACCGUGAGCUGUCCAGGAGAGCUGCAGUCUCAGCUGAACGUGCAGUCCAAGCCGGUGGAGCCCCUGGUGGAGGGCGGUGCUCAGAUCCAGCAGGUCCUCAACAUCGAGUGUCUGACGGACUUCUGCGAGGCGCCGCUGCUCAACAUUAAGUUCAGGUACGGAGGGGCUCUGCAGAAUCUGACCCUCAAGCUUCCGGUCACCAUCAACAAGUUCUUUCAGCCAACGGAGAUGAACUCGCAAGACUUCUUCCAGCGCUGGAAACAGCUCAGCCAGGCUCAGCAGGAGGCCCAGAAGAUCUUCAAGGCCAGCCACGGCAUGGACACUGAGGUCAUCAAGGCCAAGCUGCUGGGGUUGGGUUCCGCUCUGCUGGACGACGUGGAUCCAAACCCAGAGAACUAUGUGUGCGCUGGAGUCAUCCAGACCAAAGGCCAGCAAGUGGGCUGCCUGCUGAGACUGGAGCCCAACGCACAGGCACAGAUGUACCGUCUGACCCUGCGCUCCAGCAAAGAGUCGGUGUCUAAGCGGCUGUGUGACCUCAUGUCCCAGCAGUUCUGA